UGUAAGCAUUUAACGACAUUAGGACUACAAUCCCCAUACGCAAUGCUGGAGCAAACUGGAUAUGCACUGAACGAUAAUGGAAUGGAGUCAUGAGGUUUUGUUUCACUAUCUCGUCCCUGCGGUGGAAUUAACAUUUAUAAAAAAGAUACAGAUAGGCCUAUAGGGCAUAUCCGUGUUCCAGAAAUGCCUACAAAGAGGGUGACAGAUGGCCCCACCUGAGUGACCCAUGCGAAGUACUUGCACAAUCGGCACACCUCUUCCUAACAGUCUAGAUAUAACAGUGCGGGAGAGAUGGAGAAGGAGGACUGGGAGAAGAUAGAGGAGAAAAGGCUUGAGAUAGUGCGGGACUUAGAUGCCACAGAGUUGGUAGAGUAUCUGAUACAGGAUGGGAUAUUCCACCUGGGUGACAAGGAGCGAGUCUGUCACGAGGUUACGUCCCUGGAUAAGGCCACCAAACUGAUGAAGAUACUGAAGUGCAAGCACGGGAGUUACAAAUCGUUUUACAGGGGGCUGAGAAAAGUUCAGAGCUUCAUAGCAGACAUGUUGAGACCCCCAGCAGACAUAACACCAGCUAACAACCCGGUUGCCCACAUUAAGAGUUUUGUACGAGGAAUUUAGCGGAGGACAGGUACCUUUCAGUGAAAUCCAGGAAGAACUACACAAUUACACGGAGGAAAGCUGGAAUGUCACUAGAACACAACAGUUGAUAGAGCAGGUAUUUGAACUGGCGGAAUUCAACGUUAAAGGAAAGAA